AUGUUGCAGCCUCGUCAAGGCGGCCAACGCUGGUCCAUGCGAGGUCUGAUUGCACCACAUGUCGUACGCGAAGAUUUUCUUUUCUUAUCGGAGCAGCUCGCAUGCGGCCACCCACAUUUUUGUGGUGUCGUUGGCAUCGCAUGCACCGUCUACCAAUCUGGUGGCGGGUUGGGACAGGGGUCGACCAUCACUAUGAAUCUUGUAAUAAUUAUACGCUCUAGUAAGACACCACACCACAUUACCUCAUCCACAUGUGUACGUAGUAAGUACACGCUGCUAAAAUGUGGCUUUGUACUAACUGCGAUGGGGAUAAUCCAGAAAAAGUGA